AUGGAAUCUUUUGCAUUGAACACCCAACUUAAUGGAUAUAACAAUGACAAUAAUUAUGUAGUGUUACAAGAGUCUGAUCUUUCAACAUUUGAUUCAAUGCUUUUCAAUACCACCACUCCUCCUCAACAAAUUUCAGAAGAUCAUUUUCUUACACCUUCUCCAUUGCAAUCACAACAACAUCUCUUUACUCCAAACUCUGCAACUCCUGAAGGUCAACAAAUUUUCAAUCAAUACAUGUUUACCUUCCUUCACCAAUUACAAUCCCAACAACAAAACAAUACAUGUGUAAACUACCAUAUGCCAGUCUUUGAUGCAUGCCAACGAUCUCAACAAGAAUUGUUUGACCCAGCCACAUUUAAUUUAAAUGGUGAUACCAUGUUACGUUUAGACUCUGAAGAAAUAUUUCUUAAUGAAGAAGAUGUCACUGUCAACCAAAAUAUACAACAUAAUUUCGAUUUCAAUGAAAAUCACCUCAAUUUAGAUUCCAAACCAAUUAUGCCUCACCAACUCCAAAAUAAUCAACAUAGCUUUCUUUCCCCACCAUUUAAUCACCACUUUAUCAAUGAAUCGAAUGCUAUUGGCACUCCUUCUGAUUUGAAGGAAGAAGAAUUCUUCUCUGGUUUUAUUCCAGAGAUGUAUCAUGCUGAUGUUGAUGUCAUACCAAAGAAUGAAACUUGCGGUUCUCCUUUGAGUUCCUCUUCAGCAUCAAACUCGGCAGCCAAUAGCAUCAAUAACAGUAGCACCAAUAAUGUAAAUAACACAUCCAACAAUAAUUCAAACAAUUUGGGACCAAUUAUUCAAGUACCAGGUCUUACCUCUAAUUUCUCACCUAAAGAAGCAACUCUUUCUUCAUGGUUCAACAGUAUUUCAAAACUGCCCGAAAGCAGUAUUGUGUUAAAAUGUGAUCCAUACGGAUUUACUGAAAAUAAUGGUACAUGUAGACCAAGAGGUUCUCAAUACUCAGUAUUUGUCAAUGACAAUAUUCGUAUUGACUUUUCCUUCAAGAUUCCAAGCAAUCUUGAUUUAUAUUUCGAGCAAGAUGGUGUCAACAAAUCAAUCUUUGAUUUAUUCAUUGAAGAAUGCAAGUUUGAAUUAUGUUCCUUCUUGGAUGACGAUGACACAAACACUGAGGUUGUUAUUGAAAGCAGCGAGUCCAUUUCAAAUAUCAAAAAGACUGAUGAUCUCAUUCAAAUAUCAUUGACUACAGUCAUUAAGCGAGAUACAAACAAUAAGAGAGCCUCAAGAUCAAAGGCCAAGCCAACCACUGAAGAAAAGAAGGGAAGAAAGAAAAAGAAGAAUGAAUCUUGUGCAUCAAAAAAGGUUUGCUUUUUGAGAAUAGUUACUCCUGAUUCAAGUUUUGUACUUGUCAGAAGUGAUAAUCUCUGGGUCAGAUCCAAGACAAGACAAGAAAUGGAAAGAAAGAAGGAUAGAGCUAUGGCUCAAAAGAGAAAGAAGGAAGAAUCCAAACCAGUUGAAGAUUAUCAAGAGGAAAAGGAGUCUCCAAAAAAAAAGAAGAAGACUUCUUCAAAAUCGAAAUCCAAAAAGUCCAAAUCCAAGUCCCAAACAGUCAAUAGUUUUUCCUAUGAACAAAGCCCAUUGAAAGGAGGUGCCAACAGUGCAACCUAUGGUGUUGUGUUUAAUCUUGAUUCAAUGUAA